UCCCCCCCCCGGUUCCGGUUCUCCAUUGACCGCGGCGGGACCUUCACGGACGUGUACGCGCAGGGUCCUGGCGGCCGCGUGCGCGCGCUCAAGGUCCUGUCCGAGGACCCCGCGUACGGGGACGCGCCCACGGAGGGGAUACGGAGGGUCCUGGAGCAGGAACUGGGUAUCCCCCUGCCCAGGGAUGUCCCCUUGGACACCUCCAGCAUCGAGAGCAUCCGCAUGGGAACCACAGUGGCCACCAAUGCUCUGCUGGAGCGUCGCGGUGAGCGCAUGGCACUGGUGGUGACCCGCGGGUUCCGGGACCUGCUGCGCAUCGGGACCCAGGCGCGGCCCAGCAUCUUCCAGCUGGCUAUCCCGGAACCGGAACUGCUCUAUGAAGAGGUCAUCGAGGUCACCGAGCGGCUCCUCCCCCACCGACCCACCUGUGACCUCCCGGAAUCGGGGUCACUGCCGGUCAUCCAAGGCUCUAUGGGGGUGUCCCUAGUGCUUCAGACCCCAUUGGAUUUGGGGCCCUUGCGCCAGGAGCUUUGUGGGGUUCGGGAUCGGGGGAUCCGGAGCCUGGCGGUGCUGCUGCUGCAUUCAUAUGCGUGGCCUGAGCACGAGCAGCGCGUGGCCUCCCUGGCCCAUGAACUUGGCUUCACCCACGUGUCCCUGUCCUCAUCUGUGGCUCCCAUGGUGCGUGCGGUGCCGCGCGGCUUCACCGCCUGUGCCGACGCCUACCUGAGCCCCUGCAUCCGCCGGUACCUCAAUGGGUUCCAACAGGGGUUCCGGGACCGGUUACAGGGUGUCCCGGUGCUGUUCAUGCGCUCGGAUGGAGGCCUGACCCCCAUGGAUCAGUUCUCUGGUGCCAGCUCCAUCCUGUCUGGUCCUGCCGCUGGUGUUGUGGGUUAUGCCAAGAGCACCUAUGAGGAGGGGGAUGGGACACCCGUCAUCGGCUUCGACAUGGGAGGCACCUCCACCGACGUCAGCCGCUAUGCUGGUGCCUACGAACACGUGUUCGAGGCCACAACCGCCGGUGUCACCAUCCAGGUACCACAGCUGGACAUCAACACCGUGGCUGCCGGUGGUGGCUCCCGGCUGUUCUUCAGGAAUGGUCUCUAUGUGGUAGGACCAGAGUCAGCCGGAGCCCAUCCUGGCCCCGCAUGUUACCGGAAGGGAGGCCCAUUGACCAUCACUGAUGCCAACCUCUGCCUCGGUCGCCUCCUCCCCGAGUACUUCCCAUAUAUCUUCGGUCCCAGUGAGAACCAGUCCCUGUGCCGGGAUACUGGGAUCAGGCUGUUCCAGGCCAUGGCGGCUGACAUAGCUGCCUAUGCCUCCAGUGCUCCCAGUGCUCCCAGUGCCCCAUCGGUGGAGGAGGUUGCCAUGGGCUUCGUGCGUGUUGCCAAUGAAGCCAUGUGCCGUCCUAUCCGCGCCCUCACCCAGGCCCGCGGCCAUGACACCUCCCGGCACAUCCUGGCCUGUUUUGGUGGUGCCGGAGGCCAACAUGCUUGUGCCAUAGCCAGAGCCCUGGGCAUGAGCCGGGUGGUCAUCCAUAGGCACAGUGGUCUCCUGUCUGCUGUGGGUCUGGCUCUGGCUGAUGUGGUCCAUGAGGCUCAAGCUCCUUGUGCCCUUCCCUAUGAACCCGAAUCCUUCCCAUUGCUGGAGCAGAGGAUCCGGGAGCUGGAAUGGGAAUGUCGGAGAGCACUGAGGGAACAGGGAUACACAGAGGAUCAGAUCCACACUGACUCCUUCCUCCAUCUCCGUUAUUCCGGCACCGAUUUUGCUCUCAUGUGUUCGGCAAAGGGACAUCCGGUAACAGCCACUUCCUGUGGGGCUGGAGACUUCCUGGCGGCCUUCCUGGAGCGUUACCAUCAGGAGUUUGGCUUCACUCUCCCCUCUCGCCCUGUGCUGGUUGAUGACAUCCGUGUUCGAGGCGUCGGCAGCAGCAGAUGUGGGGCCAGGAACCUCCUGCCCCACAGCGACGGAGACCCCCCCGUGGAGAAGAUCACCCAGUGCUACUUCGAGGGGGGUUACAGGGAGACCCCAGUGUUCUUACUGGAGAAACUGGGAUGGGGACACAGCAUCAAUGGGCCUGCCAUUGUCAUUGACAAGCACAGCACCAUCGUGGUGGAUCCCGGCUGCUCGGCCUCCAUCACCUGCUAUGGGGACGUCAGCAUCUCUGUGGGGUCAGAGCUCCCUCGCCCCAUAGGACCUGAACUGGACCCAGUUCAGCUCUCGAUCUUCUCGCACCGGUUCAUGAGCAUCGCAGAGCAGAUGGGUCGCAUCCUCCAGCGUUCCUCCAUCUCCACCAACAUCAAGGAACGUUUGGAUUUCUCCUGUGCCAUCUUCGGCCCCCAGGGGGCGCUGGUGUCCAACGCGCCCCACAUCCCAGUGCACCUGGGGGCCAUGCAGGAGGCCGUGCAGUUCCAGCUCCGGACCCUCGGGGAUGACCUUCAGGAUGGUGACGUCAUCCUGAGCAACCAUCCGAGUGCAGGAGGGAGUCACCUGCCUGACCUCACUGUCAUCACCCCGGUGUUCAUCUCCGGCACCCCCAGCCCCGUGUUCUUCGUGGCCAACCGCGGUCACCACGCGGACAUCGGGGGCAUCACUCCCGGUUCGAUGCCUCCUCAUUCCCAGUCCUUACUGGAGGAGGGAGCAACAUUCCUGUCCUUCAAACUGGUCCGGAAUGGGACCUUCCAGGAGGAGGCUGUGUCAGCCGCACUCCUGGCUCCAGGCUCCAUCCCCGGCUGUUCAGGUGCUCGCUCCCUCCAGGACAACCUGUCAGACCUCCGAGCACAGGCGGCAGCCAACAGAGCAGGAGCUGAGCUGGUCAUGGAGCUGAUCCGGACACAUGGACUGAGCUGCGUGCAGGGAUACAUGCAACACCUGCAGGACACCGCCGAGCGCUGUGUCCGUGACCUGCUCCGCGGGUUCUGGUCCCGUUGGGGUCCUGAGCUGGAGGCCGAGGACUCAAUGGACGAUGGGACCCCCCUGAGGCUGAGGGUCACCCUGAACCCACAGGGUUCUGCUGUCUUUGACUUCACGGGAACAGGUCCCCAGGUCCUGGGUAACUGGAAUGCUCCUCGAGCUGUGACUCUUGCUGCCAUCAUCUACUGCCUGCGCUGCAUGGUGGGGCAGGACCUGCCCCUCAACCAGGGCUGCCUGGCCCCUAUCCGGGUGCUGAUCCCACAAGGCUCCAUCCUGGCCCCACAUCCUGAGGCUGCUGUUGUUGGGGGCAACGUCCUCACAUCCCAAAGGGUCGUGGACGUCAUCCUAAAGGCGUUUGGGGUCUGUGCAGCAUCCCAGGGCUGCAUGAACAACGUGACCUUUGGCUCCGCCCACUGGGGUUACUACGAGACCGUGGGGGGAGGGGCGGGGGCGGGGCCAGGAUGGAGGGGGCGGAGCGGAGUCCAGAGUCACAUGACCAACACCCGCAUCACUGACCCCGAGAUACUGGAGCUCAGGUUCCCAGUUCAUCUCCAGUCCUUCGGCCUCCGCUUGGGCUCCGGUGGUUCCGGUUACUGGUCUGGGGGUGAUGGAGUCAUCAGGGAGCUGAGGUUCAGAGAGAGGCUGAAGCUGAUGGUGCUGAGUGAGCGGCGGGUGCUGAGGCCCUAUGGGCUGUGCGGGGGCAGUCCUGGUGCCCUGGGACUGAAUCUGCUCAUUCGCCGAGAUGGGAGAACCAUCAACUUGGGGGGCAAGAACACAGUGAAUGUGGAGCCAGGGGACGUGUUCCGGCUCCUGACCCCUGGCGGAGGAGGCUUCGGUGCCCCCCAGGAGGGGGAGGGGCAGGGGGAGGGGUGCCGCUGA